UGCUCAGCCUUACCCCGUAGUCCUAAUGUUUGAUUUGUACUGGUAUGUUUGAAAUGUGAAUGUAGGAGGUGUAGGCGCCACAUCUUGAAACAGACACACCCAGUUUUGGCAGCAAGUCUGAAGCAACUCUUUGAGGGGACGCGGCUUCCAGCACACAGAGAAGUUAAAAACAAAAGAGGACAGCUCAAGAAAAACUACAACACGCAGCCAUGAAGGACAAAGUGAAGAGAGGAGGAGGAGGAGGCAAAAAUCAGGCCAAAGCUGAGGUAAUGAGCCCGACUGGUGGAAAGGAUGUUGCUGGUAUCAAGCAACAUGACGACACAUCGUUUCCUGUGAAGAUCCAGGGAGCAGGAGUAGAGCCAUUUGAGCUGCAGAUCCAAGGAUUCUGGCUUGUUCAAGAUGCAGUAAUGCAUCUGCUUUCGAGGGAUGAGGUGUGUCCACGGUCUAACUUGUCAGUGUCAUUGGCUGGUACGACUCUGGAUCCUCUCGCAGAUCUGCAAAGCAUCAAGGGGCUCAAACCAGGAGCCAUCAUUCGCCUUGUGGAAGAACCCUACACUGCUGGCUCAGCCAGGUUCCAUCUGGCUCGAGUGCUGGAGCUGCUGAGAGCUUCUGGACCUCAGGACGCACUGAGAGAAGGACGCUCACCAAGCAUACUGGAGACACUGACACACACACCAGAUGCCAGCUUACCGAAUGGAAAGAGCCUGAAACGCUCCUUAAGCAACACAAAAACAGAAACAACCAACCAGGAUGGAGCUCCACCCGAGUACCUCCUCCCUGGUUCCUCAGAGAGACCACUCAUGGCCCUGCUGCCACACAGCUCCCAACCAGAAACCCCCAGCUACCUGAAGGACUUGUCUCUCAGCUGCUGGAACCCGGCGCCAGGACACAGGAAGAUGCAGGGAGAUUUCCUGUACAUCACCGUGGUGACAAUAGAGGGACGACGGUGUGACAUCACAUCCUGUCCUAAAGGAUUCUUCCUCAAUAGGUCUACAGAAGAAGUGUUUGAUCCCCGUCCUGCACAGUCUUCCCCAGUUUGUCACUGUUUCACUGAACUGCUCUGUCACAUCAGUCCUGCCUUCAAACAAACUUUGACCACACUUAAAAACAGGACUCAGUUGCCUCCAGUAGAGGUAAUGCCCACUCCCUAUCACACCCUGAGCUGGCUCGGGCCUCCCUGCGCCUCCCGCACUCAUAAAAACACCUUCAACAGACUGGGAGUGGAUGAACAGUCUGCAACACAGGCUCCAGACUGGAAUGAGGAGUUGCAAGCUGCCAGAGAUCUUCCACAAGGCAGUCUGGAGGAGAGGCUGUUGAGAGACAAAGCUCUGCUCGAGGUAAAUAGUGCAUUUGUUAGGGCUGUGAUGCAGGGGGCAGAAACUGUUGUAGAUGGCUUUGUGGAGCCGGUGAAUGGAAACCCUGAGGACCCAGCAUUCCUGUGGGGUGGCCUGUUUAUGAGCAAGGGGGCAGCAAGCACGAUCUUUGGUGGGGACAGGGGUCGCAGGGCUGCUCAGAGGCUGGAGCUUCAAGGAGUUCAGGCCUACAGUAACCUCCAUAAAUUGCCAGGGCUGCACACUCUCCCUACAGCCAUUGUAGACUACAGAGGAGUGCGUCUGUCUGCUCAGGGUCUGGCUCCUGGGCUGGAAGGCUCAGAGCAGGAGCAGGACCAGGAAGCUUCUCCUGCCUCAAGAGGCUUGCUCUAUGGGGCAAAUGCAGAAUGCCAAGAAUCGCCGCAACGCAGAAGGCUGCUGGAGUACUUGGCUCUCGCUGCAAAAGAUCUCAAUCUCCAGAGACAUACUAUUUUGGGGCCCAAGAAUCACAACAUACCACUGUUUACCUCAGUGGACGCUCAAGGACUGUUGGGGGCUGAUGGGAGAUACUACAUACUGGAUGUGUUCAGGAGCUUCCCAGCUGAUGCCAACUUCUGCCCAGAGGUGGAGACAGAAGGCCAGACAGUCACUGGAGAAGAGGAGAGCAACAAAAGCUGUGAAGAAGAUGAGGAGAAGAAGAGUUGUGUAAAAGAAGGAUGGCCAGAAAACUAUCUUUCAGACACUGGGCUUCCAAAGAGAUACCCUCACAGACUCUGUAGACUGAGGCCAGAGCUGGUGCAGGCCUUCCAACAGCACAAACAUUGGAAGUUCUCUCAGCAUGUCAGGGAGAUAUUGGACCAGGAGGGAGGCUUUGAAGAAUGUGCGACAGCUGGUGACUCUCGAUCCACUAAGGCAGUGCGAGCUGCUUGUAAAGAAGUGGGCUCACUCAGUGAUUUUAUCUUUGAGAUGCGCUUCAACCCGAACAUCUUCUGUCCAGAGGUAUCCCACCCUCCUCAUGAGAGUACGGCAACAAAGCUGCAGGAGAGGUUACUGAGGGAAGCAGCAGCUUUCACCAUCACACAUCAGAUACCAGCCUUUUUGGAGUAUUGCCUACAAUGCAAUGAGGCGCCAAUGGAUGGAGUUUCUCUGAAGAAGGCGCUGCACCAGAGAGGCAUCAACCUGCGGUAUCUGGGCUUUGUGAACACAAUCAUCAGCCAGUCAGAACACAAGGAGCGCCUGAGGCAUAUAACGAGAUCAGUCAUAAGUGAAAUCUUCACCCGCUCAACCAGAAGAGUGUUCAACAGUUUCCUCCAGGGUGUGGAUGUGCCAAGUCUCUCUGCAGCUGUCAGUCACUUCCUCUGCUGCCUAUUGGUCCCUCACUUCACACCCACUCCUGUGGGGGAGGAGAUGAAGAAGAAGUCAAGGCGGCGUGGCCGAGCGGCAGGGACCACUGAGAGCACGCCCUGGAGCACACUUACAGGGGCCGAGCUGUGGAACCUGGUCUGCCAGGAUGCUGCUGAAACAUACAACAUCUCUGACAGCCUUGGCUCUGGCCCGAACCACCUGGUGGAGCACUACGGCCUUCAGAAGCUCUCUUUGCUCAGAGAGUUCUGUUUAAAGACCGGAGUUCAGUUGAGACUGAGAGACUACGUCCUCGACAACCAAAACAAAGCACCCAUUGGUCCAGACGAUGUCCUCAACAUCUUCCCAGUUGUCAAGCACAUACAGAUGCAGACUCAGGAUGCUUCAAAAGCAUUUUGUACAGCACAGAACUUCCUGCAGAAGGGUCUGCUGGAUCAGGCCCACGAGCACCUGAAAGAAGCCGCCUACCUGUUCAGUAGGGUGUGUGACAGCCUGCACCCUGAGGCCUGUUAUUGCCACAGCAUGUUGGCAAAGGUGACCUACAUGCAGGGCAAAGCAGCUGAGGCUCGCAGUGUCCAGCUGAAAGCAGUGGUUAUCAGUGAGAGAGUGCUUGGCUUUGACCAUCCAAACACAAUCCUGCAAUAUGCCCUCUUGGGUGUGUACGCAUAUGCUGGAGGGGAGACCGCCCUGGCCCAGAAGUGUCUCCUCAGAGCUCGUCUGCUCAUGCUAACCGUCCAUGGAGAGGACCAUCCCUACACUGCAACACUGGAUAGCUGUCUCGGGUUGGUGCUGACCGGAGAUCAGGGAGGACUGUUCUUAAAGAACGCCCUGAGACUCAACACCUCCUUCUUCGGCCCCUCGCAUAUCCACACCGCUUUCACUCAGCACCUUUUGGCCCAGUGGAUGUGCAGCAAGGGCGACUACAGAAGUGCUAUGACCCACGAGAAAGAGGCCCUCACUGCUUUUACCUCCGUGCUUGGAGAGGAUCACGCUCAGACAUGUAGCAGCAAAGAGUUUAUGUGUACCAUAACGAAGCAGGCAGUGAAGGUGGAGCGCUCUCUGAGACAGGCGGGAGCAGAAUGCACAGAGGCAGUGGAGUGUCUCACUUCCACAACCGACACUGUGCUGGAGCAACUGGUUCUGGUGACCGGGAUCAGGAGCAUUACACACAAGGAUGGGCUCCAGGAGUACAAGAAGAAACACAAAGAACUAAAGGCAGCCGUGGCAAGAGAACUGGGGUUCAUAGUAAGCGAUGACUACGUCGUCACAAAGCUUGUGAACGAAGAAGAGAAAAGCUCAGAUCAAGAAACAGGAAGCGGGAAGGAAGCUGAGGAUGAAGGAAGUCCAGCAGUGGAAAAUGCCAGCGAGAGCCAGCAGGAGAAGCCGGCGGAGGAGACCUCAGAGAAAAGUGCUGCCAUAGUUUCAGCUAACGGUCAUGUUGUGGAGCCAGCUAAAGAGAACGAGCAUGAGGAGAAAACAGAUGUAGAUGGAGAAGACAGAGACAGUGCAGCUUCAGGUGUUGAGGUUAAAGUAGUGAAUGGGGAGUCAGAGGUCAAGGCUGCAGGAGAGGAAACUGAGACCAGUGCACCAAAUGAAGUAAACAGCAACACAGCCAACGGGGAGACAGAAUCUGAUGCAACAGUUGAUGAGGUGAAGUCAGAGUCAGGGGAGGUUAACGGUGAAAUAAAUGGAGCCUGUAGUGUGGCUGUGAGCCCGACAGUCCUUAAGAGUAAAGGGACCUGGGCAGAUGUGGUCUCAAAAGCCAACGGAGCAGGAGACACAAACACAGCAGUCAAUGGAGAAGCAGCUAAUGUCACUGCUAAUGGAGAGGCUGAGGAGUGAAAACAUAUCAGAACAGGAAAACAGUAUUGUAGUCAAGUUUUUCUAAGUCACUGCUGUAAGAUGAAACUCUCCCAGGAUCCGAGGUGUAAUUUGAUCCAGUGAACAUGAAGCAGGUAACAGAGAGUGAGAUGAGUUUGUCUUUGAGUUGGAGAUGUUAUUGCUGAUGCUGGGAGAGGGCUGUACUGUUGAGUGCUAUCUUUUUCCAUCAAUAAACUUUUUACUCUGGUUUACCAA